AUGGCGCGACUUCGUGAGCUAUUCUGGUGGCCACGGAUGGACAAGCAAGCUGAAUCUGCCGUGAAAAACUGUCACAUCUGCCUGGAGGCAGAUAAGUCUGCCAAAACAUUGCCAGCGCCAUUGCAGCCUAUUGAAUGGCCCGAAAGGCCAUGGCAGAAACUGGGCCUAGACAUUGUUGGCCCAUUGGAACAUGCAUCUCACAAUAGCCAAUUUGCUAUAACACUGGUCGAUUAUCAUUCCAAAUGGCCAGAGAUAUCUUUCUGCAGCGAAGUGGCCACAAGCACCGUGAAAGACUUCUUAACCAGUGUUUUUGCCCGUGAAGGAUACCCGGAAGAGAUUGUUUGCGACAAUGGGCCGCAGUUCGCUUCACGUGAAUUUGUAACCUUUCUUCAAAACCGAGCCAUCAAGCUGUCUCAUUCGUCUGUAUAUUACCCCCAGGCGAAUGGGCAAGUCGAGAGGUUCAAUCGAACUCUGAAGAACUUCAUCCAGGUUUCACUCCUCGAAAGGAGACCUGUCCGACAAGCAGUUACGGACUACCUCUCUAUUUACCGCUGUACUCCACAGGCUACCACUGUAGUUGCCCCAGAAGUUCUGCUGCAUGGGCGAAUGCCCCGAACCAGAUUGGAUGUUGUGGGGUUUUCGGCACCAGCGUUUGCAAAAGACCCAGCAAAGGAACUGGCGCGACUGCGCCAAAGGGUCCGGCUUCAACAGCAAAGCAGUAAGGAGUACACGGACCGCAGGAGAGCUGCUAAGCAGCCAAAGAUAGCUGUGGGUGAUUUCGUUCGUAUCAAGAAGCCUUCCGUUCGCUUCAAGGGGGAUCGCUCCUUUUCCUCGCCAACUGAGGUGUUGGGGAGGAGGGGACCUGCCUCUUUCCGACUUGCAGACGGCCGCACAUGGAACGCCUCCAAGCUUUCCCGGGUUCCUGAGAGGGGCACGAGUCCACCAUACCAACGUUCGGAGCUACCUGCGCCACAGCUUCCGGUUCAAGUGCCGCAGCCUGCCCUGCCGCCGCCGCCUUCUCCCGAGUCGAUGCCACCGCCUCCUGGCGUACUGCAGUCUGCCGUACCGCAGUCACCUGCUCCUGAUCCGCAGCUGCCUGUACCGAAGCCUGCCAUGCUGCAGCCGCCUUCUCCUGGGCCACAAUCGCGGUCUCCUGGCGUACUACAGAGCUCUACAAGCUCAUUACCAUCUCCGGCCGUGCAGCAUCCCCAUCGGCCGUCCCGAGAGCACCGGCCACCGGUCUGGCUCAAGGACUAUCAGACCCACUAG